AUGUCGGAUGCAUCGCUUGCACAGUUAUUGAAAGCACACCAGCAACGACAAUCAGAGCGUAAACGUGAAAACGAUCAGCUUCGUAAAGACGCCGUGGGCGCUGUCAAUGAGCUCACCGAUAGCCUCAAUACUCAUCUCAAUGAAGGGGUAUCCGAGGUGUUUACUCGACAAAAAGAACUCGAGAGUGAAUCGCGUAAGCUCGCAAACCAAACGGCAAAAUACACCAAGCAAACGAAGCAAUGGUUAUCAUUGGUGGAUGAUUUCAAUACGGCACUCAAGGAACUUGGAGAUGUAAGGAAUUGGGCUGAAACAAUGGAGCACGAUAUGCGGACCAUCAUGGCAACCUUGGAGUUUGUUCAUCAAGGAACGAUAGAAGGAAAGAAACCAGAUGAUGAUACCACCACUACCACCACCACCACGUCAGCUUGA